AUGGAGAGCCACCAAGAGCAGGAAACCGAACCUCCAAAUACCUCUCAACCAGCCAACACCGACGGAGAUGCCACCACCGAAGCCACAGAGCCGCCCUCCGGGCCGCCCACUGCUCCCCCAUCCCGCAAAACGACUGACCCACCUGCGGAAGGCACAAGUAUUGCCUCCGACCCAAUACAAGCCGAUGGUUUCAGCCUACCACCGUGGCAAACAGUCGAGUGCCACCACAAGGGUUGCGACGAAUGCCACGUGUCUAUGACCUCCGACGAGCUUUCCGCCACAGACCUCAACACUCACUACCAGAAAGCAGCAGACGUAGCAAGGAGCAUGGUGUACGCAUUCCAUGAGGACAAGUUCAUGGUCAAGAACGUCGAUAUGUCGGGCUGCAGCCACGAAGACAGGUGUUGUCUGGUGGUGGAAGUCACUACUUCACAGUGGCCUGAGCUGGUGGCGGCUGAGAAGAAGGUUGAUGAAAAUGGGGGCCCAGCCAAAGACGAAGCAGGCGCGGACGAAGACGAUUGA